CAAAGACAAUACUUUAUAAUCAGAAGAAGAGGCUAGAACAUUUAGAAGAAAACAUAAAAGAGUGGAAUUGAAGGGUUUACAAAACUUUCUCACUUCUCGCGCGCACACACACUAACAGCGAGAAGUUAAUCGGUCAUCGGAAAGAUGAGCAUUUGGAAUUACGUCGUCACCGCUCACAAGCCUACCAACGUUACGCAUUCUUGCGUCGGCAAUUUCACCAGCCCUCAAGAGCUCAACCUUAUUAUCGCUAAAUGCACAAGAAUUGAGAUUCACUUGCUAACUCCUCAAGGCCUUCAGCCUAUGCUGGACGUUCCAAUAUAUGGAAGAAUUGCAACACUGGAACUUUUUCGACCACAUGGUGAAGCCCAAGAUUUCUUAUUCAUUGCUACUGAAAGAUAUAAAUUUUGUGUACUUCAAUGGGAUCCCGAGACAUCAGAGCUCGUCACCAGAGCAAUGGGAGAUGUUUCAGAUCGCAUUGGUCGUCCAACUGACAAUGGUCAGAUUGGCAUCAUUGAUCCUGAUUGCAGAUUGAUUGGGCUCCAUUUAUAUGAUGGGUUAUUCAAG